AUGUGGAUAAUCCAACGACCAAAAUGCAGCACAUCCCCAUGCUCGACGCCGCCGUGCAAGUAGUCGACGCGGCCGCGGUCGCGCUGUGCCCGUUUACGUUUGAGUACCUUCAUGGCCAAGUCGCGGCAUUGUCGGAAGCCGUGGGGUUUGCCCCGGAUCAACUGCGCUACUGUCUGUCCUUGUUUGCUGCGUACCCGCUCGCGCUGUUGUUUCGCGUGCUGCCCAGUGGGGUCAAGCACUGGUUCUCGUUUGUGGUGGGCGUGUUGAUGGCCCAGUUCGUACUCGGGUCGCAAUGGAUUCACUCGUUCAUCACGUCCACCAUCACGUACGCCGUCGUCGCGACCGUGCCGGCCAAGUAUGCCCCACAACUCGUGUUUGGAUUAAACAUGGUAUACAUGUCGGCGUCGCAUUUGUACCGCAUCUACGUGGACUACCUCGGAUGGAGUUUGGAUUUCACGGGGCCUCAAAUGCUGCUCGUUAUCAAGCUCACGUCGUUUGCGUACAACGUGUCGGAUGGGACGGACCCCAAGCUCGCCACGGCCCCGACCAACCCCCAACUUGCCAAGGUGUAUGCGACCCGCCGCCACCUCGCGAUCUCGACUUUGCCGUCGUUGAUCGAGUUUUACGGGUACGCGUACUGCUUUACAACGUUUUUGGCCGGUCCAGCGUUUGAAUACCGAGAAUACAUCGACGCCGUCACGAAGCGCUAUCUUCAGAACACGAGCACGUGGAAAUCUUGCCUUGGCAGCGCACUGACCAAGCUCGUCGUUGGUCUGACCUGCAUGGCCGCGAUGGCAACGUUUGGCGCGUCGUUCAAUCUGCACAAGAUCCUCCACACAACGUUUCCGUCCGUGGUGCAUCAGUGGGGCGCUGUCUACAUGGCGCUCCUCAUCACUCGCUGCAAGUACUACUUCGCAUGGAAGGUCGCAGAAGGUAGCACCGUCUUGAGCGGAUUUGGCUUUGAAGGGUUUUCCAAAGACGGUCACGUGAAAGGAUGGAAUGGUGUGUCGAACGUCGACAUUUUGGGCUUUGAAAUGGGCCAGAGCAUCCGGGACCUCUCGCGUGCGUGGAACCAAGGCACUCAAGCGUGGCUCCAGCGUUACGUGUAUGAGCGCAUGAACAACUCACUGCUUGCGACGUACUUUGUGUCGGCGAUCUGGCACGGAUUUUACCCCGGUUACUACCUCUUUUUCCUCUCUGGUACCCCGACCUCUGUAUCGACCUCGUCACCACGACUCGUCUAGUUCCACUACCAACUGCCGUGAAUCGCCUCGCCCGCAGCAUCUUGCGCCCGUACGUCGUGGACAACAAGACGUUCAAGUGCCUGUACGACGUUGUCGGGACGAUCGCGACGGCAUUGACAAUCAACUACUUGGCAGUCGCGUUUGUGUCGUUGUCGUGGGAAAACUCCGUCCACGGGUGGAGGACUCUCCUCUUCCUUGGCCACAUUAUCCUCGUCGCCGUCUACCUCUCCCUGACCGUCGUGCCGCGGAAAAAGGUGGCCAAGGCCGCGUAGCUCCAUCGACAAUCCUUCGCCACCAGAUGCAUAUCUUCUCAGCCAAUCAAAUCACAUCAUGUCCAA